AUGACUACCGCCAUAAUCCUACAAUCCGAGCACAAUUGGGAGCAAUGGCUUGCCCAAAUAAGGCAAUAUGCUCACACAAAGCAGAUAUGGGAAUUUAUUGACCCUUCAGUGGAAGAACCGCCCAAGCUUGAACCACCCGAAGAUGGAGUGGACGUGGAAUUGGAAGGGAUGGCCUUACAAAAGGCAAUGAUACUACUAAAAUGGGAAAUAAAGAGAUACGAUCGGAGAGAGCUAGCACUAGCAGAUAUGCUGAAUUAUAUCCGCGAAAGGAUCUCUUCCCGGUGCUUUACAUUCAUCGAGGAUAUCACUUGUCCGCAUGAGUGCUUAAGGAUUCUUCAAGAACAAGUAGCUCGACCAGAGGCAGCUACAAGAAUGAUGCUACGAUCGGAAUUUAUGAAGAUGAAUGUCCACGGACCACCCAGGGGAAAGGACCUUGAAGAUUGGGUCACAGACUGGGAAAUUAUGGUUGAAAGGAUAAGGAAGCAUAAGAUUGAGGAUUUACUAUAUAAUGAGACCCUAGUCAUGGAUUUCCUACAAGCUAUACAGAAGGACUGUCCCGAAUUCUCCACUCAACAACAAGUGCAAAUUACAAUCACGGAAAUCUACCCAAGCCAUGAUGAAGUCUUAAGAGCCUUCUGGAGAUACUGGAGAAAUGUUCAAGUGAAUGGAAAGCAAAAGAAAUUUAAGCAACCAGGGGGUUCCUUUGCUGCAACCUUACAAGGAAGAUCUCCAGCGGAAGAAAAGGGUCAAGAAAGAAAAGGAGAUAGCCAGAAGAAGCCUCCAUCGUGCGUGUGCGGAUCAAAGCACUAUUUUGGCCAAUGUCCCUACUAUAACUCGAAUAUCCGGUCCGCGGAUUGGAAAGCCGAUCCAGAGAUUGAGAAGAAAGCUCAAGAGAUGCUGAAGAAACCACGAAUAAAAGGGAUGGUUAAGGCCUCAAUCAAGCGGGAGGGUAAGAACAAAGAUGCCGAUACGAGAGCUGGUCAAGAGAUUGAGACCCUGAAGGAGAAUGGAGUCUUUAUGGCUGCAAGGAACUUGCCAUGUGCAGCUUUCAAUACUGCCUCCCUACAGCUGGAUGAAAAUCCCGCCUGCCAAUGUAUUUCCUAA